AUGGCUCAUACCUUCAAAGUCGUAGACAACAAAGACGCGCAUGGUCAAAUCCCUGUCAUCUACAUUGAGAAUAAUUAUUGUCCAGACACUGCACAGCACUCGCCUCCAUCUGGUCAAAACCUACCCCCCUUCGUAUCGGACACUCAUCUGAAUAACCUGGAUGUCAUGUCCGAUGAUUUCUGUGCCACUAUUCUGGACCUUCUAUUGUCUCUAAAUAUCGCAAAAGACCGAGGUGCCGAUUUUUCGAAAAUCCACGAUAAAUACCUAUCGCUUGUUGAUAAGGCCCUAGAAAACACCUCACAACAAAAGCCAGUAUUUGAGGAUGUAUUCGACUCGCCAGAGGGACAGCUUCUAGUUGCCGCGAUGACCACACCACUCUUUACUGUGGAAGAUCGUCAUUGGCUGCAAAAGAAUAUCAAGUCCCGAUAUGAAGCUUGCGCUUCCUGGCAGUUGACGGGUCUCCUGACUCUUGCAAACGAUCUCCUUGAAGCAUUAGAACUUUACAAAGACACUACUGAGGGCUUUUUAUCCUCACCGGGGUCGUCUCUCUCACGAAGUUUCCGUAGCUCCAGCAUAAACUCACCCUUACAAUUUCUCCCACGUUCACUUUAUCCCUAUCCCAACCGACGUCAUCACAGUUUAGUUCCUCCUGCCAGUGAAAACUCCCUCAUUGUUCCUUCCCUGUUCACUUCGCCACAUCCUCUUAGCUCUUCCUCCUCACCCAAUUCAUCGGGCUUUGUGUCUGGUAGUGAAUCCAUGUACCAAGGUUUAAAUGAAACCCUGGCGGUGAGUUUGCGUGGUAAUCGACUUGCUACCCCAUCGAACAGCCGGUUUUAUCUUCUACGACGUAAGUCUGCCUCACCGUAUACGCCUCAGGAGGGUGAGCUAAAGGAGGAAGAUGAUACCACCUCCACGGCUGCUUGUAGUUCUACCUUACCCGAAAAAAGUGGUUCUUUUAGCAGCUUCAUCGUACCUGAUAAGGGUGAGAUCUUCCUCAAAGCGGAGUCUUCCGAGGAAGUUUUUCAUCAUUCAAAGGAGUACCUAAACCCAUUAUCAGCGCCACAGGAAAUUCUGAAUAUUCCAUGCUUAUCUGUGGCGAGUCCGCCUCCUUACAAGCCCUCUUCCACAACUGGCCUCGUGAGUAGUACCCCUUCACCGAAUAGCUGCGACGUUGCUAACGAGGUGAGCUGUCGACCUCCCCCUACCGCACGCAAUAGUCCGCCUGAAGAAUACAAAUCGCCACGAGCCCGCCACAAAGCUGUUUCCAUUCAGGACAAACAGGUUGAGAAUCCGGACAUGGCUCAACUUCCUGGUUGGUUGAAGAGUCUGCGUCUCCACAAAUACAUUGGCCUGUUCAAACGCCUCACGUACUACCAAAUGCUUGGGAUUACAGACGAGUGGCUGCAGCGUCAACAUGUUACUCAGGGUGCACGCAACAAAAUCCUCGUGAACAUAGCGAAACUUGGUACACGCUCUGCAACACUGACCAGCUUGGAGGUGCGCAUUGAAGCCACCAUCCUGAACCCAUCCACUCGAUGGUCCAAUCUUCGGGGAUGCCUUAGCGAAUUGCAUAGCAUUCUGCUGACGCCGUUCCCCCCUGCAACAGCUAAUCAAACCACUACCUCACCCCACUGCCUGUCCUCCGCCUCCUCAGCUGAAGACAGCGCAUCAGCGACUGGAGCACCCGGUACCAAUUUUAUCUUCAGCAGUGAUGUGGAGGACUAUGUAGAGGAUGAGGGAGCAGAGGAUGACGAGAGGGAGUUUAUAAACUUUCGUUCCACCACUGGGAGUCUGUGCCAGUGUCCCUACACAAACUCCGAUACCUGUCUCUUCAAUCGUACUAAUGCGUUGGGCGGUGCUCACUCCCCGAAGCGGCCCAAGUCUAGUGAAGGGGGAACCGCGACGACGAUGAACUUCUUUUUCCCGACCGUGCCCUCAGGGACGCCGUGUGGUUCAUCCGCAGUGCCGGAUCCAGCAGAGAUUGUUCCGAAAAAUAAGGACUUGGGGGACGAGAAUUUGCCGGAACAAAUUAUGCGUUGUUUGAACCAUGCCUUCAAAGCGUUGCUCUGUGACCCGAUAGAUGACGACAACUAUGGAUUCUUUAUGCAACUGCUAACGAUUGUUCUUGAGCACUCAUCCUUCAGUCAAGCACAAAAGGACCAGGUGACAAUCUGGCAGAAGCAAAUGGUCGAUUGUUUGGGACCUGCGCCACCACCCCCACGUCGCUCAUGCCACCAUCAUCGUCACCAUCACCGGUCCGCAUCACGUCGCUGCUCUUACCACUAUGUCCAGCCUCUGGAUCGUGGGGGAUCGCAUUCAGCGCCCUACACACCUCGUUCUAGCGUGGGAUGUGGCGGAUUCGCCUCGCGACCGUACUUUGCCUCUCCGAUGCGCCUUCCAUACCUCCACCAUCAACAACAACAGGCACACUCUGGUGUUCCCUUCGCCUUCUUCCAAGCCUCCCCGGGGUUUGGCGGUGGUCCUGGUGCUCGCUGGAGUGGCGGCAUGGUGCGUGGCCGCAAUGCCGAGCCUGACGUCUACCAACACCAACAGGGGCCCUCGCGGCCUGUGUUCCACGAGCAAGCGGCGAUGCUUGUCGCCACACCUCAACAGCGCGUGGCUAGCAUGGACAGCCUUACUGUCUCCACCCCCUACGGGCUCAUGGAACCACGAGCGGCCACUCACCAGUUCUUCACUCGCAAUCGAAUGAUUUCGUACCACGACCCCUCGGGCAGUGAAAUCUCCACCUCCGUAUCGCCGUUUGCUUCACCAGAGCUCCGGUCCACAGGUUGCUUCGCUUUCAUGCCGACGCUGGACGACAGUGAGGGGGGAAACGAGGGCUUCGCUGCAGCCGCCGUUGCCUACCUCCAACCCUCACCGCCACCUCCACAUCCACCCCCACAUCUCUCGGGGUUACCCCCCGUGAUUCCAGAUCAACGGCGCUGGCUCGCUAGUACCACGGCCACCGCUACUACCGUUCCUGCACCCUCUGCCAUGGCGGACUACUCUACAGCGGAAAUUAAUCGAAAUCUGGAACUUCUUACAGAAAAAGUCACGAAGUUGGCUAUUGAGGAGUCUGACUCACCGAGUGAUUAG